GCACUGUGGGGGUGGGGCCGGGGGCAAGAGGUGUCCCAGAUAAAGGCCGAGGUCGAGAGGCUCACCUACCCCGCUCUCUGCUUCCUUCUCUCCACCUCUUUUUCUGUGCUUAUAGCCCCCAUGGCCCCCAAAAAGCCAGAUCCCAAGAAGGAAGAGCCCAAGCCGGCUCCAGCUCCUGCCCCUGAGCCUCAGGCCCCCAAGGAGGAAGUGUUCGAUGCCUCCAAGAUCCAGAUCGAGUUUACACCGGAUCAGAUUGAAGAGUUCAAGGAAGCCUUCAUGCUGUUUGACCGCACGCCGGGUGGUGAGAUGAAGAUCACGUAUGGACAGUGUGGGGAUGUCCUGCGGGCACUGGGCCAGAACCCCACACAGGCCGAGGUGCUCCGCGUCCUGGGGAAGCCAAAGCCGGAAGAGCUCAACACGAAGAUGAUGGACUUCAACACGUUCCUGCCCAUGCUCCAGCACAUCGCCAAGAGCAAGGACACGGGCACCUUCGAGGACUUCGUGGAGGGGCUGCGGGUCUUCGACAAGGAGGGCAACGGCACGGUCAUGGGUGCCGAGCUCCGCCACGUCCUGGCCACCCUGGGUGAGAGGAUGACAGAAGAGGAGGUGGACAAACUGAUGGCCGGGCAAGAGGACCCCAAUGGCUGCAUCAACUAUGAAGCGUUCGUGAAGCACAUCAUGGCCAGCUGAACCCCCGUCCCAGGGAUCCCCGGGAGGCCACGCUGGGGAUAGUGGGGGACGCUGACAUCAGUGGCCCGGAGCGGCGGGAAGGAGGGGCGCACCUGCAGCAGCUCCCUCCGCGCACCCCCAGGCCGCUCUGUGCGCUGUCAUCUCCCGCCCCCGCGGGCUGCGGGCGCCUGCGCCUGCCCCUCUG